AUGGAUUGGUUUCUGUGGGGAUUGGAGCACAGGCAUUUCAUCGAAAUGCAAAGUGCGGCGGCCUUUGUUAGCUGCUCUGAGAACGUGCACACGAAGGCGGCCAGAGUUGGCUGUGAUGAAGUAAUGAAUCCAGUGGCGUCGGCGCUGGGAACACAGCAUUGCUGGGAGUCUGGGGAAGUGCAUCGCCAGCUCUCGAAAGGUGGAGACAUGAUGCGUGGCGAGCACAUGGGAAGGGGGAAGUUCCCAAGAUCGCCCAAAGGGCAAGGGGCGUUUUUCGCCCUUUCGGUAACUGUAGUGAAAGCGGAUGUGCGUUGUGGACGUGACUCACAGGAGCGAUUUUGUGCUCCCAGUAUUCACUUGUGGGCGGUUGCAUUGGUCAUGCGCUGGCGCGUGCCCUGA